GAAUCGGAGAGCGGUGGUGGCUGCGGGCUGGCGGCCGAGCAGAGACGGCCAGGGGGAAACUGACAGUGACAGCCGCCCUGGGAACGCGGAAGGGAGAGGAGAGGAGGAGUAAAGCCGGCGACGGGCUGGAAAGACGUUUGACCCUGGACUCGGUGUGGGUGGAAAGCAUCCUCUGCAAGCAUGCCCACUAUUGAAGACUUAAACGAGGAUGUCCUGAUGGUGCUCCUGUUCCAUGUCCCUGCGAGAGAAUUAGUCCUGACGUGCCGCCUGGUUUGCCGAGCGUGGAAGGUCCUGGUGGAUAAAAUACACAUCUGGAAAAGGAAGUGCCUUCAUGAAGGAUAUUUCAGAAGGGGCUGGGAUACAUUCCCAGAGAACUGGAUGAAAUAUUAUUUCUUCCACCCUUUAAUGAGAAAUCUGCUUAAAAAUCCCUGUGCAGAAGAACGAUUUCAGUUUUGGACCCUUGAUGACAAUGGUGGGGACCAUUGGAACAUUGAAAACUUGCCAGGGGAACAGUCAGCUAGCUUUCCUGACAGAAAUGUAAAACAAUAUUUUGUGACAUCUUAUAGCCUCUGCCGGAAAUCUCAGAUCGUUGAUCUAAUGGAAAAUGGAUGUUGGAGAAAAUUGCUUGAUGAAAUUCGACCAAAAAUUGUAGUGAGAGACUGGUAUGCAGCGAGGAGGGACUGUGGCUGCACUUACAAGUUACAUGUGAAUCUGCUUUCUGAAAAGAAGGUCCCUCUCCAGAGCUACGAGUCUGACAAGAUUACAAUCCCCCAGUGGAGUGAUGCAACCUGGAAUGAGAUGGUUCAUGUCUUCAAAGACUAUGGGCCCGGUGUUCGGUACGUUCACUUUUCACACGAGGGGAAAGACACACAGUUCUGGGCGGGCUGGUAUGGAAUCCGUGUCACCAACAGCAGCGUUACCAUCGAACCGUGAGCUGUAGGGACAGCAGGAUAUGGCCGGGCAUGAAGAGAUACGUCAGCAACGAGUUAACAAAAUGCAAAGAUAUCACGUGCUGUAAAUCAAAAUUAAAAACACCCAACAUCCAGCAGGUCAGCAGAAUCUGGGAAGCGAUCUAGUUUUUGCAGGGUCCCUGACCUGAGAUGUUAAUUCUGUUUUCCUUUCUCCGCAGAUGCGGCCUUGCGUGUUGAGUGUUUCCAGCACUUUCUGACUUUAUUAAAAAGCUGAUUUGCAUUUCUAUAGUCAAUGCAUUAAUACCUUGAAGGUUCUUGAUAUUUGUUUUCUAUGUGAUUAUUGCUUUCAUGUGGUUAUUUACUCCCUGUAUAAGAACUAAGGUGGAGGUCAGUUGUUAAUAGGAACAGAUCACUUUCAUUUCAAACGGCAAAUGGUUUACUGAGCACUUCAUUCUGAGUAUUUCUUUCAGUGAGCUCCUCUAACAUUCACGCGGGUUCUGCCCUGAGGGUGAUAUGCAUGAUGGCCAUGGCAUUGCAUUGAGGAUUUUCCAUUGGAAUCUCUCAAGGGCCCAGGGACCUCCUCCCAGCUAAUGAUAGUUGGGGCACUCUGUAACAGAGAGUCUUCGCUGAAGAAGAAAACCAUUUCUCAACUUUAUUUUUAAUGAUUCUCUAUUUUGUUAUAUUUGGAUAUUUUCAGGAGAUAAUCCCUAUUCUUCUAACGUACUCAAUGGAAUCAAACUAAUUGUUGUUGCACAACUGAAAUUUCAGUGAUCUAGCUCUAUUUUCCCUGCCUCUAUCAUUUACACAAACACAAUUGAUCCGUAGAUGGAGGAAACUGGAGAAAUCAACACAAGGAUAAAAGUUGGAUUUCAGCUUGUGGACUGAAUGGGUUCCUCGGGGAACCAGUUUUGGCUAAAUAGCCUGAAUGAGCUAUUUAGCUGAAUAAGUUCUAGUACUUGAAGUUCCUACAGAAUAAUACACAAUGGAGACCGUAGGUGGGGUGGAAUUGUUCCGUUCUUGACCAAAGCUUCUCAAAAUCCCGAAUAACCUCAACAUUUGUCACUUUUCACUUUAUUCUUUAAUUCCUUUGGUAAAUAUAGGUUGGAGAAAAAUACUUAAUGGAAACAAUGUUUGGCUUGUUCAAUUAGUCUUCUAACUAAAGCAGAUGAUGGGGAUACCUGUAAGACUCUUCACAUUGUGUGUAUGAUACCAUUUUAAUAAAUGCAGCACGUGAAUUUCAUGGUCGGAUAUCCCAAAAUAAGUAAAGGUUGUUCAAAUAUAUUUUUCCAUGAAUCCGGUUCCCCUGGUGACCAUAUUUAUAUGGCCAUACUUUGUUUUGGGGGUAGAUAUUCUUCUUGUGUAUAGCGUGCACAGCCUAAAGUUGUAGGACAACUUGUUCUAUUUGAUCUUAUUUGAUUGUGCACGUCGGGUUGAUUGCAUUAGUCGAAACAGGGCGGACCAUGUGAAGGUUGCAAUCUCCCACCCCGGGGGGGUUGUUAAGUUCCUGCCUAUACUUUUUUUUGGUUUUGAUGCAUUAAUUCAUUUAUGUGUGUAUGUAAACUCUCAAAUUAGUUGGUGAAACUAAAAUAUGAAACACCAGAUAUUGCACAAAAUGACAAAAGUUUCAGCUGACAGGAAUCUCACCAUAUCUGCUUCCAAUGCUAUAGCAGACGUGAUGGAGACAUCUGAGUGUUUAUGAGGUGUGCUUGAUUUACUUGUGUGAGUCAGGAAGAGGUCAGCACCAUAAAAUAACCCCUGAUAAUAUCCAAACAAGAUAAUAUCUUCCUUUGUGUUUGGUUGAUUGGACGCGCCCAUCCAAGCCGUACUUAUUAGCUGUGAUAGGUAUAUAUUUGCUUGAAUCAGACAACAGGUUUGUAAGUUAAUUGGCUUGGUGUAAAUGUAAAAAAAUGUCCCUAGUGUGUAGGGUGGUGUUAAUGUGCAGGGAUCACUGGCUGGCGCUGAAUCUGUGGGCCGAAGGGCCUGAUUCCAUGCUGUAUCUCUAAACUAAACUGAACUAACAUGUCAAACGUUACUUUACCGAGAGAACAUCCUUAUUUGUUCAAAUUAAACAAGAAACAUUAUCUGUCCUCCUAAUUACUUUGUAUUUAUCCCAUAUUUGGGUAGUUCAUAUAUUCUCCUUCCAAGGCGUAUGCUGUGGGCCAGAGGCAGAUCAGAUUCAGGAUGGUUUUGUGGGCUAGGUUCAGGUGCUCAAGUUUGUCUGGACAAGGCUAAACGUUUCCGAUGUGGAUGAUAUGAACAGCAUAAAAUUACCACAAGCCAUUUUAAAUAUGAACAUUAAUAGCUUUUCCACUGAAACAAUUUCAUAUUUUUGAAGGAGAAAUUGCUGUUGGUGAUAUUGAAAAUAAUUACCUCGUGUGUUUGAAUGAAGAAAAUAAAUUUGUGUUCAUUUUCCUUCCAAGUCCACUGUAAAUGGGGACCAUCCAUAUCAGUCUCUGUCUUUGCUCCAUUCUGCAAGCUGCUUGUGCAGUCACUUCCAUCAAUAAAUUGCUCUUUAAUAACUCAA